AUGAAAUCGAACGCCUCUCUCAUUUUCUUGACAGUUCUCUUGGCCGCUAUCGCUACCGUGGCCCAAGCCGGACAUUUCUAUACCACCAAUCGGGCCAAGAGAGAUCAGGCUGUCGCUCAAGGAUACCAAGUUCAAGGCAUCGCUGGAUAUGUUUUCAACAAACCUUCUACCUCCAAACGUCCAUCGACCGGUCCUAUCUACCACGCGUAUUCUUCAUACUCCCAAGAUCAGACCUAUGUCAACAGUCUCGAAGCCCAUUUGGGUACUGUCGGCAUGGGUUAUCAAGAUAUGGGAAUAUCGUGGUACAUGUACACCAAGCCCUCGGACUGCAGAUCUCCUUUGUACAUCUUGUUUAAACCCGCAUUCCCCUAUGACCAUUACUACACUACCGAUAGAGCUGAGGUUGAUACUGCCAAAGCUAACAAGGGAUACUUGGAACUGGGAAUUCUCGGUUAUUUGAAUGAAGAAGUCAGGCUGCUCUCUGCCCAGGCACUCAAAGAAUAUGUAGGUCGCCAUCAAUUGGUCGCCGUUAUGUCGAGGGAGCUGUCAGGGGAGGACUUGAAGAGAUUCUACGGCGAGGUCAACAGCAUCAUCUGGACACUCGUGCAGAGUGUCGACAACAACGACAAGCUAUGUGGCGUUAUGAUUAUAGGUACCGCCGUCGUCAAAUCCGAUCCUCCCCACAAGCUGAUCGGUAUUGAAGGAGAAGAAAACACCACACAGGAGACCCGUUUCGCAAACUAUCUACGCCAACUCUUCCCCGCAGACGUCAGGACAAUGACAGUUGCUGCCAGGGCACUAGGUAAAUUGGCACAGCAGGGAGGAACAUUCACCACUGAGUUCGUCGAGUUCGAGCUGAAGAGGGCAAUUGAGUGGCUCACCGCUGCUGCCGAUGCUCUUAGUGCAGUCUUGCUCAUCGUCUCGGAUCGUGACAGCCCGAACAAAACCAGCUGGUACAACAGGAUCAAUGAGGAGGCUCAACGGGGCUUGCGUAUCGCAACAACAGAGAGCAUCCAUGGAUCACUUUUGAUAUACCGGGAGCUCUUGCUCCAUGCCGGCAUGUUUAUGCAUGAGCGAUACAUGCCUACUUGCGAAACUGUCUUCCAAUACAGAGAUCAUCGGGAUGGCCUUGUCCGGAGGGCGGUAAUCUCUCUUAUCCCAGACUUGGCAGCCUACAACCCACCUGAGUUCGCCAGCGUAUACCUCCACCGUUCAAUGGUUCACAUUCUCAAUCAACUUCGCAAGGACAAGGAGCGCUCUCUCAUGAAGGAGAAGGAUCGGUCAAACGCGUUCCUGGCCAUAGGAAAGGUCGCUUUGGUCGCAGGUGCUGAUAUGGGCGAGUUCUUAGACGACAUUUUGGUGUGCAUAAAGGACGGACUCCGUAUGAAGAGUAUGCUGGCGAACGCAGUCGGACAGGUGCUCACCAAGCACAUGCACGAGCUUUUGGAGCUGAUGUUCGCGACGGGAUUGAGCGAGCCGCUACGCCAAUCAUUGACAGAUCUUUCCAAUUACUCAAUCAUUCUUGCCCUUACGACGCUCGGAUCUUUCAACUUUUCAGGACACGUUUUGAACGAAUUUGUACGGGAUUGCUGUAUUCCCUAUCUGGAGGAUGACAACGCCGACAUAAGACGCUCCGCCGCUCAAACCUGCUGCCAGCUUUUCGUCCGAGACCCAAUCUGCUUCCAGACUAGUGCGCACGCUGUUCAGGUUGUCGGUGAGGUACUUGAGAAGCUGCUGACUGUUGGAAUUGCGGACCCGGAUCCAAUUAUUCGCCAGACAGUCAUGGCUUCGCUGGAUGGACGGUUCGACCGUCACCUCGCCCAGGCGGAGAAUGUCCGUUCGCUGUUCAUCGCCCUUAACGACGAGGUUUUCGCUAUUCGCGAAUACGCUAUCUCCACCAUUGGGCGACUUUCCGUCCACAACCCCGCCUAUGUCAUGCCCUCCCUCCGAAAGACGCUGAUUCAGCUUUUGACCGAGAUCGAGUACUCAGGAGUGAGCCGAAACAAGGAGGAGAGUGCGCGACUUCUGGCUCUGCUGGUGAUCGCCUCCCAGCGUCUUGUCAAACCCUACGUCGAGUCGAUCAUAAAAGUGCUGCUUCCAAAGGCCAAGGACCAGAGCGCUGGAGUCGUCUCCAGCAUUUUGGCGGCGCUAGGUGAACUCGCAAGGGUCGGCGGAGAAGAUUUGCUUCCCUUUAUGGACCAGCUCAUGCCUUUGAUCAUCGACACCCUGCAGGAUCAGAGUUCGCCUACAAAGCGCAGUGCUGCCUUGAAGACACUCGGUCAGCUCUCUUGUAACACCGGCUAUGUUAUCGAUCCCUACAUCAAGUACCCCGGCCUACUGGACACGUUGCUGACGAUUCUGAAGACAGAGCAAUCGGCCAGCAUUCGCAAGGAGACUAUCAAGUUGCUCGGUAUUUUGGGAGCCCUCGAUCCAUAUCGCCACAAGCAAAUGAUGAUGGACAAAGUGGAAGACAAUCAGCCAGACAAGUCGCAGAGCUCGGACGUGUCACUACUUAUGGCAGGACUUGGCCCAUCAUCUGAGGAUUAUUAUCCUACGGUUGUCAUCAAUGCCCUCUUGAAGAUUCUCAAGGAUCCAUCUCUGAGCCAACAGUACCAGCCAGCUACCCAGGCCAUUUUGAACAUCUUCCAAGCACUCCAACUCAAGAUGGUGCCGUUUUUGCCACAGAUUAUGCCAGUGUAUUUGAGUAUCAUGCAGUCUGGAACUUUGCUCAACCUCGACUUUUACUUUGAGAAGAUGGGCUUUUUGGUCCUGGUCGUCAAGCUUCAUAUCCGCCCUUAUCUCCCUGAUCUGCUUCAGCUCGUCAAGGACAACUGGAGUCAUACACGGCUGCAGGAUCGUAUCAUUGGAUUGGUAGAGAGUAUUGCAGGCGCCCUGGAUGGAGAGUUCAAGGCUUAUUUGCCUAACCUGCUUCAGUCCUUCCUCGCUGUGUUCGACACUGAUAUGACAGAAAGACAUGACACGUCAAUUCGUGUUUUGCAGGCGUUUGUCAAGUUCGGUUCGAAUAUCGAGGAAUACAUGCAUCUGGUCAUUCCAGUGCUCGUGAAGACCUUCGAGAAACCGGAUGCCCCUAUGACCUUGCGCAGGACUGCCAUCAGCACCAUCGGCACACUUGCAAAGAAAGUCAACUUUUCCGACUAUGCCUCAAGGAUCAUUCAUCCCUUUGCUCGUAUUCUGGCUCUUCCUGGACCUGAACUGCGCAUGCCAACCAUGGACGCGCUGUGCUCGCUAGUCCUUCAACUGGGACAGGACUAUGUCAACUUUAUUCCUAUGAUCAAGAAGGUUUUGAUCCGAGCCCGGAUUAGUCACUCGAAUUAUGAUCUCUUAGUUUCAAAGCUGCUGAAGAGGGAGCCUCUUCCUCUGGACUUGCCUGGCUUAGGUGAUGACCGCUAUGUCGUUAUGGCCGAUGUUCCACAAGCAGAAUCAGGAAUCCGGAAGUUGCCUGUUAACCAGCUCUCACUUCGAAGGGCCUGGGAUACCCAGCCGCGCUUCACCAAGGAUGAUUGGGCUGACUGGAUUCGCAGGCUUUGCUUGGAGAUGCUCAAGGAGACCCCGUCUCACGCUCUUCGUGCCUGCGCUGACAUGGCCAACUCGUACCACCCUCUGGCCAGAGAGCUCUUCAAUGCCGCCUUUGUGUCUUGCUGGAGUGAGCUACUCGAUCAAUACAAGGAGGAGCUGGCGCGAGCAUUAGAGACAGCCCUGGUCGCCCCCAACAUCUCGCCAGAGAUUACCCAGAUUCUGCUCAAUCUUGCCGAGUUCAUGGAGCACGAUGACAAGCCCUUACCAAUCGACAUUCGCACAUUGGGAGAGUACGCCGCCAAAAGUCACGCCUUCGCCAAGGCCUUGCAUUACAAGGAGCUCGAAUUUUUGACCGAGCCAUCGACCAACGCCAUAGAGGAGCUGAUCGGAAUCAACAACAACCUCCAACAGCCCGAUGCUGCAGCCGGUAUCCUCACGCAUGCCCUGCUCCACCACGAUUUUGAGCUCAAGGAGGCCUGGUACGAACGUCUUCAGCGAUGGGAGGAUGCCUUGGCGGCUUACGAGAGGAAACAGCUCGAAAACCCCAAUGACCUGGCCUUGACCAUCCAACGCAUGCGCUGCUUGCACGCACUCGGCGAAUGGGACGCCCUUUCAUCCUUGGCGCAGGUCAAGUGGGGCAACUCACCAGUUCAGGUCCGGCGUAGAAUGGCCUCGUUCGCAGCAGCCGCUGCCUGGGGCCUGGGGCAAUGGGAGCUUUUGGAUGAGUAUAUCUCCGCCAUGCAGGACAACUCUGACAGGGCGUUCUUUAAAGCCAUUUUGGCGUUGCAUCGCAACCAGUUCCCUGAGGCCGAGAAAUAUAUCGACAAGACCCGGAACAUGUUGGAUACAGAGCUGACGGCGUUGGUCGGUGAGAGCUACAACCGAGCGUACGCAACGGUGGUGCGUGUCCAGAUGAUGGCAGAGUUGGAGGAAAUCAUCGCCUACAAGCAGUUCCACGAUCAGCCCGAUCGACAGGCAACGAUUCGCAGAACCUGGAUGAAGCGCCUGAAGGGAUGCCAGCGGAACGUCGAGGUCUGGCAGAAGGUGAUCAAGGUUCACGCCAUCGUCAUUUCACCAGAGCAAGAGAUGGAGAUGCGAAUCAAGUUUAUGAACUUGUGUCGCAAGAACGGUCGUCUGAAGCUGGCGGAAAACACGAUGGCGACGUUGAUGGGACCAGGAACGGCGGAUAUGAGCUUCUCGGCCAUGACCCAGGUGACGCCACCUCAGAUUGUCUACGCUAAACUCAAGUACAUGUGGGCUACAGGAGUCAGGGAGCAGACCUUGGAUUGUCUUCGUCAGUUCACUGAGCGACUUGCUUCGGAUCUUGGCCUUGGAACAGUCGAGGAUGUCGGCAUUGCCAUGACAGGUGCCAACCAGCUCAACGGAAAUGUCAUUGACUACUCCCGAUUGCUUGCCCGUUGUUACCUCAAGCAAGGAGAGUGGCAGUUCGCUCUGCAGGAUGGCUGGACACAUGUAAGCUACCAAAGACGCCUUGAGAUCUGGACUGAGGACUCUAUCGAGGACAUUCUGACGCCAUAUCUCUACGCCACACACUUGGACAAGGAGUGGUACAAGGCUUGGCACACUUGGGCUCUGGCGAACUUUGAGGUGAUCACCUUCUACGAGAAGAACCCUCCUCCCAACCAUGCAGGACGCGACCCUGGACUCCAGUAUGUGAUUCCGUCUGUCAUGGGCUUCUUCAAGUCCAUUGCCCUCUCUGCGGAAAAUUCGCUUCAAGACACUCUGCGUCUGCUGACUCUUUGGUUCAAGUUUGGUCACCGUACCGAUGUCAGCGCCGCAUUGAGCGAUGGCUUCUCGAGCGUCAGCAUCGACACUUGGUUGCAGGUUAUCCCGCAGCUGAUUGCUCGUAUUCACGCGCCCAGCCCGAAUGUCCAUCGACUGAUCCACCAGUUGUUGGCUGAUGUUGGAAAGGAGCAUCCACAAGCCCUUGUGUACUCCCUCACUGUCGCCUCCAAGUCACCCAGUGUCCUGCGCAAGAAUGCUGCCCUGGCCAUCAUGGAAAAGAUGCGUAUCCACAGUCCGUUGUUGGUUGAGCAGGCCCUCCUGGUCAGUCAGGAGCUCAUUCGUGUUGCUAUUUUAUGGCAUGAGAUGUGGCACGAGGGUUUGGAAGAGGCCUCGCGUCUUUACUUUGGCGACCGUAAUAUCAAUGGAAUGCUGGCACAGCUGGAGCCUCUCCAUAUGAUGCUGCAAAGGGGACCCGAGACUCUUCGUGAGAUCUCAUUCAACCAAGCUUUUGGACGCGAUCUGAAGGAGGCACAGGAUUGCUGCAUUCGAUAUGGACAGAGUCAGGAUAUCAACGAUCUUAACCAGGCCUGGGACAUCUAUUACCAGGUCUUCCGAAGAAUCGCCAAGCAGCUUCCUCAGCUCAGCACCUUGGACCUGCCUUACGUCUCGCCACAGCUGGAAGGCGCGCGGGAUUUGGAGCUGGCGAUUCCCGGAACGUACAAGAGUGGCGAGCCCAUCGUGAAGAUUUCUUCGUUUGUGCCGACACUCACGGUGAUGACGUCGAAGCAGAGGCCUCGCCGACUCACAGUCAAGGGAAGCGAUGGACGCGACUACCAAUAUCUGCUUAAAGGACACGAGGAUCUGCGUCAGGACGAGCGUGUCAUGCAGUUGUUCGGACUGGUCAAUACGUUGCUUUCGAGUGACCCUGAGACGUUCAAGAGAUACCUCGGCAUCCAACGGUACCCAGUCAUCCCACUUUCGCCCAACUCUGGUCUGAUUGGUUGGUUGCCCGACACCGAUACGCUCCACACCCUGAUCCGUGAUUUCCGCGAGAGUCGCAAGAUCCUGCUCAACAUUGAGCACCGAAUCAUGUUACAGGUGGCGCCAGACUACGACAACCUGACGCUGAUGCAGAAGGUCGAGGUCUUUGAGUACGCGUUGAACAACACUGGCGGCCAAGAUUUGUACAAGGUACUCUGGCUCAAGAGUCGCAACUCGGAGGCAUGGCUGGAUCGUCGUACCAACUACACUCGGUCGUUGGCUGUCAUGUCUAUGGUCGGCUACAUUCUGGGUCUUGGAGAUCGUCAUCCUUCCAAUUUGAUGUUGGAUAGGAACUCGGGCAAGGUUGUGCAUAUUGAUUUUGGAGAUUGUUUCGAGGUUGCUAUGCAUCGCGAGAAAUUUCCUGAGCAGAUUCCUUUCCGACUCACGCGCAUGUUGACCAAUGCCAUGGAGGUCAGCGGUAUUGAAGGCAACUUUAGAAAUACCAGCGAGAAUGUCAUGCGUGUGCUACGCGAGAACAAGGAGAGUUUGAUGGCCGUCUUGGAAGCUUUCGUCUAUGACCCUCUUAUCAACUGGAGAAUCCUGACCACCAGUCCACGCCAGCCUAUGGAGAAUGGACAGGGAGGCGGCCAGAAUGCGGCGGCGAACGAGUCGGCCAUGGAUGAACAAUCGCGUAACAUGCGACGAGCCCUGCCCAGUGAACGAGAACUCGUCCGGGACAACAUGAAGAUGGAGAACCAGCCUGAACAGCUGAACCAACGAGCGGUAACGAUUAUUAACCGUGUGACGAACAAGCUGACAGGCAGGGAUUUCAAGCCAGAUCGACCCUUGGAUGUGCCUUCCCAGGUCGAGAAGCUGAUUCUGCAAGCGUCCUCCUACGAGAACUUGUGUCAGUGCUGGAUCGGAUGGUGUGCUUUCUGGUAG